AUGAAUUCAAUAGACUACAUCGGCAGCAGGGUGAUUGUCAAUGGAAGGACCUACUUUUUCGGUACCGUUGGCAACACGGAUGCGGCUGCAGCGUUCAAACGCUGCUGUAACCUUGGAAUGAAACUCUUUGAACCAGCGACCCUGGCAGACCUGCAAUUGGCCCUGAAUAUAUCAAAAAACCAAACGCCAUUCAACGUGCUUGUGGGCGACACGGAAUCAAUCGACCAGACGCGGGAGGUGUGGUGUCACAGCCGCAAGAUGUUGCCUCAGGAUCUGUACUUCUUAUCAACCGGAGUACACAGGUAUCCGUGCACAGAAUCCAUCGUCACGGUCAACAUCGGCCUUCUCAAGCUGGUCUUGAUCAGCGUCGCCAACGGGAACAUCCACGAAUUGUUCUAUAAUUUUGAUCCUAUCACAAAUAAUAAUUUAGCAUCGUUUAUAUGCGAGCCACUGUAAUGGAGAUUGUAGUAAAAAGUGUGUCUUUUAAUAAAAUUGCUGCUUGGU